GUGUUGUUAUCUGUUGGAUUAGGCUUUUUGUAAAAAGAUAAUCAAAAUUAAUUUAGUAGAAUAGAGUUAAUGCAUAUUUGUUUAAAUAUGAGUUUGGUCAUUCACAAUAUUAGUUAUAGUAUAAAAAGUUGGAUUAUUCUAAGCAUUGCUUUUUUAAUACCUAUAUCAAUAAUCCCAUUAGCUUUUGAGCGUAUCUAAGAUCAUUUUAUAUCGAUUAUAACUAUUUCAUUUAUCAAUAUAGUGCUUACUUUUAUACUAGAGUAUACAAAAGAGUUAUAAAAUAUGAUGGCCUAUGAUCAAGAGUUUAAACUGAGGUAACAAUUAGAAGAAUGGAAAAAUUUGAUAGAAGGUUAUAUUCCCAACGAAAUUCUCAUUGUGAGUAAAAUUCCUUAAAUGCCUGUAAAGAAUGAAAAUAUGUAGAAUAGAAAGCAAAAUAAGUCCAAUAAAGAAUUUAAAAAUACUCUAUCCAAAUUAGUAAUCUAAAAUAGUGGAGUCCCAAAUAAGUUAGAUUAAAAUAACACCGAUCUAAAAAUUUUUAAUGAAGCUUAAAAAUUUAAUGAACAAAAUUUUAGGGAGAAAAUAAUAAAAAAUUUAAAUCAAUAGAAAAAUGAUAAAACAAAUUAACUGGAUAAUUAUUUAUAGUUUUAAUAAAAGAUGAUACCUUCAAGUCAAAAGAACUUCACUUAGUCUCUUUUUCCAGAUAUUUAAUAAGAAUCAUCUUUAGCAAACAUUUAGGAAUUAGAAAAGAAUUAUAAUGAAUAACUUAAGCAAUAGCAACUUUUGUGUGUAUAAUAGAAUCAAUAUUUAUAAAAUUAGAAUUAAAAUCCAAGUAUUUUUUCAAAGUCAUUCGAUUAGCCUUAAAAUAAUUUUAUUUAGAUGAAAAAGAUAUGCUAAAAAUUAAAAUAGUUUGAAAAUGAUGAGGAAGAAGAUGUUAAUAACAAUAAUUAUAAUCACAACAAUGUUACUAAUAAGAUGCUCAUUGAUGCUAAUUUUAACUAGAGGAUUUUUAAUAAAUUUGAUAACCUAAAAGUUGCUGAUGAAUUAAAUUAAUAAACAGCUAAAAGCAAUUAAUCAAAUAGUAAUAUAAUUCAUUUUGAUAAUACUAGCUUUAACAAUAGCGAAUUUAGUAAACAUACUAUGAGCAAUCAUUAUUUCAAUUAAAAAAAUUUACAAAGUAUGAGUUAAAACAACAACGAAUAAAACUAAUUAUACAGUUAACUCUUAAAAAAAAAGAUUAAUGCAAUUUAUUAAUAACAAAGCAACCAUUCUAAUAGGAAUAAUAAUAGUUAUCAUGAUCCUCUUGCUUGCUCUAUCCCUUAGAGUACUAGAAGGACAAAUUAGCCUAUAAAUUCAAAAGAAAACCCAUCAUAGAGGCAUGAAUCUACGUCUCUAGAAAAUAAUGAUAUGGAAAUUAUAAAUAAUUAUAAAGAAAUGAUUAAACUUACUAAUUAGUAGCAUUAAAUUAAUUUUAAUAACAAUUUAAAGCACUAAUCUUUCAAUAUAAUAAAUGCAUAAAAACCAAAUUAGUGGUCUACAUUAAUUUAGAACAAAAAAAUGAGUUUCAACUCUUUUAAUUAGCUUUCCUAAUAAGGAAGUAUUUCUUUUAAUAUUUAUUAAAAUCCUUAGUAAAAUUCUUAAAACAAUUUAGAAUCUUAUCAUACAAGAUCUCCUUCAAACAAUAUAGACUAUAAUAAUUAAAACGCAAUUGAGGCCCAAAAAGUAAGUAAUCAUCAACAAAAUUAAAAUGGUAUGAACAUUUUUCCUUGCCAAGUUAUUAGCGAAUAAAUUAUUUAUGAAGACAAAAAUUAAAACUCAAAUUAAACAAAAAAUGAUAAAAUUAUUUAAAAAAUUCAAUAUUCUAAUUAUAAAAGCAUUCAUGAAGUAAAUAAAUUUAAUCAAGAAAACUUAAACAAAACUAUUCAUGUAAUGACUUCUUAAAUAACUGAUCACAAUAUAUCAAGCUUAAUGGAGAGUGAAAGAUAAUUUUAAAAUAAAAGUUACCAGAUUCCAGAUACUCCUUUAAACAAGAAGCAGCAUUUUAUUGAAGAGCUAAUGACCAAUCAAAAUACUGGUUAAGAAAUUAUAUUUGAAUAGACACCAAAAGAACGAGUUGCAAUUAAUUUUGAUAUAUAAUAAACGUUAAAUGAUCACUAAGAACCAUUGAUUGCUAAGCAAAUAGAAUAAACACCUUAAAAUUAAAGCAGUUAAAUCACUUAAACAGCUCCCUUGAGGCAAAAAAGUUAAACCAUGUAAGGAAGCUUAAGACUAUAAAAAUAAAAUAGCCAAGAAGAAAAAUUUACAAAUAAGAAUGUUAAAACAUAAAAAGCAUAAGAACUCUAUCUUGAAAAAUAUGAAUAAAAUGGAAAAUCUAUUUAAUAACAAUAAUAAUAAUAAUAAUAAUAACAACAAGUGAGAAAUAAGAAAAUAUCAAUUUAAGUUAAAGAUGAUGAUAGCUAUUGUGACAACAAAAUUUCAAAUUAUAGCAUUAAUUUUCCUCAACUUAAUUAGAAAUUUGCUGCUUCUUUCGGAAUUGAAGAGGAACAAAUUAAAAAUAGACUUUAAAAUAUUAUAAAGGGUAAUAUAUCUGUUUUUGAUAAAAUAUAAGAAUAUUUUUAAUCAACAGAUUCCACUAAUAAAAAGAAUACUUUUUUUUAACUUUAAGGAGGAACCCUCAGUAACUUCUCCAAACAAAAAGAAAAUUAAAAUAGAAAUUCUGAGGAUAAUAAAGGAAACUCAGAGCCUUAAAAUAACAAAACACAUGAUGGUAUUUAAAAAGAAUCACAUUUUGAUUUGCUUGGAUGUUAUGAUUAGAUUAGUAAAAAGUAUUAUGAUAUUAAAAUUAUCCCAGUUUUUUUUGAAGAUCAAAACGCUUCUUUGAUGAUUUACUUUAAUGAUAUUAGUUUUUAAGUAAUGAAUCAAAGAUUAUAAUCAGCUUAAAAAUAUAAAGAUCUCAUGUUAGCAUCUAUUAGCCAUGAUUUAAGAACUCCACUUAACUUUAUUAAGCUUAUGAUUGAGAAGUGUGAAGAAGAAGAAAGUUUAAAAAUGAUUAAAACUAUCCUGCCUAUGAUAAAAUCGAAUUGCGAACUGCUCAUGAGUUUAAUUAACGAUAUCCUUGAUCACUAGCAGAUGCAAGAAGGAAAAUUUAGAUUGGUUACAAGUGAUUUUUCUGUAAAUACUUUGUUUGACGAAGUUCAAUAGCUAUUUAAAAUACAGUCAGAAGAAAAAAGCAUUAAAAUUAUAAGAAAUAUUGCUCCAAAUAUUGUAAUUAAUUCAGACAAAAACAGAUUAAAAUAAAUUUUGAUAAAUCUCAUGUCUAAUGCAGUUAAAUUUACAUAAAAGGGAUAAAUAAAAAUAUCUGCUCAUCUUGCAAAUGAUUCAAAUAUAUUAUAAUUAAGUGUAAAGGAUUCUGGAUGUGGUAUUCCAUAAAAUCUGCAGGAAAAGCUUUUUUAGGUGUACUCCACAUUUGAUCACUCAGGUACUCAGGUGGUACAAAUAAGCAUGGCGUAGGAUUAGGUCUUUCUUUAUGCAGAGGAUUGGUUUCGUAGCUAGGUCCUUAUAAUAAAAUAGAUUUGGCUUCUAAGCAAGGCAAAGGAUCUAAAUUUUCUUUUAAAAUAUGGGCGAAUCUUGAGGGUCAGUAAAAAAAUUAAAUUAAAUUGUCUUUGGACAUAAAUAAGAUUUUUAAUGAAUCUGCAGAAAACAACUCCUUUGAUGAUGAAAAAGAAGCUAAUAACGAUUUAGAUAAAAUCCAUGAAGUUUAAGACGAUGAUUAACAAUCAAGUUUAAAAAGCUCUGAAAAGAUAAAUAGCAGUGCUUUAAAAAAUUAGAUACAAUUUGAGGAAAUACCAGAUAAUAGGUAAAAUUUAAAUUCAACCCCUGAUAGCAGAGUGA